CUAAGGCGCACACAUUUGCGACAGAGCAGCUGGGUAUAAAUACAGCUGAUUUCAAGCAAUGAUCUGAGUACUGCAGAACAGAGUGUUACAAACGCUAUUGCAGAGGUGAAUUUUGAUACACUUGGGCUUUGCCAGCAUGUGGAUUUCAGCAGCAUUCAUUCUUUUUGCACUGGCUGAAAGUGGAGUCAUGCAAUCAGAUUAUUCUAUAGGCCGAAAAUGCCUCGUUGGCUGGGAAAAAUUUGGAACACAAUGUUUUAAAUUUUUCAGCGAACCCAAGUCAUGGGCUGAUGCAGAGAAACACUGUGUUGAACUCGGAGGAAACCUUGCAGCUGUCCACAUUGAACUCACUAACUCUUUUCUAAAAACCUUUGUGAAAAAACUAUCCAAUAGCAACACCCGAUCCUGGAUUGGUGCUCAUGAUGCACCUAAGGCAUUUGUCUGGUUUUGGAGUGACGGAUCAACGUUUGACUACAGUGACUGGCACAGUGGUCAGCCAAAUAAUGGAGCAAAUGCUGAAAGAUGCGUGGAGAUGGGCUAUGGAGAUGAGAAGCGCUGGAAUGAUGCACCCUGUGAGAAUCUUCUCCCUUUCAUCUGUUACAGAGUGGCUAGGAUUGAGUUUUGAUUGAUAAACUAAUUUCUCAUGUCUGUCCAUAAAUCGCUUAUUGUAACAGACAUACUUUGCCCUUUGCAUUUUAAUAUCCAUUUUUGCAAAAAUAAAAUUUAAGCAACAAAUGUAAA